AUGGCGAGCCUCGACGUCGCUCGUUCCCGAGCAGCGUUCCCUGCGUUAUCAUCAGGCUAUCUGUACGCUGACAACGCCGGCGGGUCUCAGUGCCUCACGGAUGCCGCCACGCGCAUCUCAGAUUACCUCCUGAAUACGAACGUGCAGCUCGGUGCGGACUAUUCCGUCUCAGUCGCAAGCACGACGCGCGUCGAAGACGGUGCCGAGGCCGCGCGCGAGCUCUUCAAUGCAGAGAGCGUCGACGAGGUCGCCUUCGGGAGCAGCGCAACAAUGCUUCUCGCGAACCUCGCGCGCGCGAUGGACGGGGACGUUCACCCGGACGAGGAGCUGAUCGUCACUGGCGAGCACGAAGCCAAUGGCGGCCCCUGGAAACACCUUGCCGAGCGCAGAGGGGCGACCACGAAGCUUUGGCAGGCAACGCAGCUGUCCGCCACGCCGAACAAUCCAUAUGCGGUCGGGUUGCAGCUGGAAGAGUUGCUCACGCUCAUCACGGCAAAGACGCGGCUUGUCGCAUUCACCGCAUGCUCGAAUAUCCUCGGAUCCAUCAUCCCUGUGAAGGACGUCGUGAUCGCAAUCCGUGCUCGCGCGGCGGAGCUCGGUGCGCGCAAGGUCGAGGUGUGUGUGGAUUGCGUUGCGUAUGCGCCCCACCGCCUGAUGGACGUGCGCGGCUGGGACGUCGACUAUGCCGUGUUCUCCGUGUACAAGGUGUACGGGCCCCACGCGUCCGUGCUGUACACGCGCCGCGCCGCGCUCACGCGUUCGCUCUCGUCGCUCGCACACCACUUCUUGGCACCUGCCGUCGCGGCUAAGCCAUAUAAAUUGCAGCCGGGCGGGCCUGGGUACGAGAUCGUGUGGGGGUGCACCGCUGUGCCGCCAUAUCUGCGCGCCCUCGGGGACGGGAACCUCGAGGAGGCAAUUGCACGCAUCGCGCGACACGAGCAGACGCUACUCGCGCCGCUGCUGGCGUUCCUACGAAGCAAAUCUGCACGCGGGGUGCGUAUCGUGGGCGCAGAGCAUGAGGGGCUUGACAGGGUGCCGACGGUGAGCUUCGUGGUGGUGGGCGAGCGGGCGAUACGGAGCCAGGACGUCGUGGCGCGGUUCGAUGCGAAGGGAAACAUUGGCAUUCGGUACGGGCACUUCUACGCGUACACUCUCGUGAGCUCGCUCAGUCCUUCCCUUGACGUCGAGGACGGCGUGGUGCGCAUCUCGCUUGUACACUAUAACACGCUGGAGGAAGUAGUGAAGAUCAUCGAGGUGCUGGAGGAGAUUCUCGCGUGACGGUAACACCCCACGGCAGCUUGCACAAUUGUAGAAGUGCUAGGCCAACUAGGAAAUCAGCACAUUUAUUCACGGUC